UUCUAGCUGUGUUUCACCUUGUGUUGCCUCUGGCAUGCCGUCGCUUUGCUGCGGUUCUUGCCUAUAGCAUUUUUUUUUUUGCUUUUGAAAGGUUUUGGUGUCAUGGGAUGACCCUAAAAACAAUAAUACUCUGUUAAUACAAAUGCCCCGUGGUUGGAAGCGCUUGUGUUGGAUGCAUCUAUUAUUAGACAGGGAAGUGUGAGCCUUGGGAAGGUGCGUAGGUGGUUUUUGGAGCCAGGGAGGUAAGCUUGUCAGCUUAGCCUUCUUGUACUUGGGUCACCUGUGUCGGCAGAAAGUCGGCGGUGGUUGAUAGUGAAGAUGAGUUUGCUUCUGAAGGAAACUAUUCAAGGUAUUGGACAGAGCAUUGGAGUGAAUCUUGCCGAUGAGGUGGCAGCUGCGCUUGCACCAGAUGUGGAGUACCGGAUGCGAGAGAUCAUCCAAGAGGCGAUCAAAUGGAUGCGUCACUCGAAGCGAUCGGCUCUGUCUUGCGACGAUUUCAGCAGCGCGCUGUGCGUGCGAAAUGUGGAGGAAGCCAUCAACCACCGGCAGCAGCAGUCACUCCCACGCAUUCCUGAGAAGGACGCAGAGGAGGAUAAGAAGAUGAAACCCGUGGGUGGAGAUCAAGAUGGUGGAAGUGAUAUGAAAACUGUGGGUUCCCUUAUUUUCGGUGGUGGUGAUAAACGCGGCAGGGCCCGAGACAAGGCCCAUAAUCUGGACGAUGAUGUUGUCCUGGUUGUGGACCAUUCAAAACUGACAUGCAACCUUCUGCCAGUGGGAGGAGGUCAGCGGACAGACAUUCUUGUGGCGGUCACUCAUUCUAGUGCAGUGGUGUCAAAGAUUGAAGGUGGGAGGGGUCCGUUUCCUGCAGCUAAGGCAUGCCCUCUUGCAAGAAAGGCGCUGAGGCAAGCUCCGCAGCCGUGUCGGCAGGCAGAAGAGUUAGAAGAUGCCGUAGUUUAGAUAAAGAAAAGCAUGGCGACUGGGGCAUGCUGCUGCUUCUGUAUGUAUAGAAGCCUUGGAUGUGGUCAUUCUGACUGCACUGAGUCCUCAGGUGGUGUCAACAACACAGCUUGACUUGCUGCUGCUCCUGUGGUCCUGUUGGUCAGGAGAACCACGUCGUAGUAGAGAAAAGAAACCUGGGAAGCUGGGGUAUGGUGCCCCUGUAUAUAGAGCCCCCUUGCAUGUCCACCCUUCUGGUGUGAAAACUCUGGUCCUUCUCAUUGCAGUGAGCAGAGUUGCUCCUGCCACAGACCUAACAGCAAUGGCAGAAGACGCAGAAGACUCCAUCGUACAGAGCGAAAAGCUUGGGACUGGGCUAUGCUGGAGGUCCAUUAUGCAGACACUUGGCAUGGGCCGUCUUCCGGACAUAGACAAUCCCACCGCCGCAAGUCCGUUGAGGUGUGAGGUGCCGAAGACUGACGUUGACUUGCUGCUCUGAACAGGAAGCCCAGCGACCGCGCUAUGUUGAGCCUUGCACGGGCCGUCUUUGAGAUGUAGACGGUCUCUUUGCAGCAAGUCCGUUGAGUCACGAGGUAUUUUAAGACUCGGGAUGAUUUUCUCCUUCUUGGGCCGUUGGAGCCUGCUUAGGUAUGUCCUCUCGGCAGAAGACCUUCACAAGUACUGUCAGCAGAACUUCAAAUUAGAGGAAAGAAAACCGGGGCACUACCCGUACCGAAUUAAGUUUGUUUACAUAGAGACUUGCUUGCAUCUUUUAAAGGCAACAAGGACUCUUAACUAACUGAACGGGAAAACUCGGACCUUCGUCUCAUUGCAGUGAGUUGCAGGGUGUUUACGAUUGAGGACGGAGAUUGACUCGCUCUUGCUUCAGCGCGUCGUCUCAUUCGGGCUCCGAAUGCUAUGAGCAGAAAGGCACGUCGUCUCAUUCGGACUCCGUCUGCUAUUGGCAGAAAAGGCACAAGGGUUGGCAUAACAGAGGUGAAAGCGGGUCUGAUGCCGGGGGCAUUUGGCGUCCGCUUGUCACUGAUCUGAGGUGGCAACUAACAUCUUCAUCCGAAUAGAACGCCUGGUCAUUAUAUCUGUAUUUGGUACGAUUUUCGGCCUAGAUACUGCGAUCAUGACCAGGCAUUCUAUGCGGUGGAAGAUGUUAGUUGUUGUUUUUUUUUUUGUUUUUCCCCCUGUGAGUUUGGUGUAGGCAACAUAAGCUGAUGUUGGGUGAUGACAUUCUGAGACUUCAGGGUUAACGGGAAGUUUUUUUAUUCACGCACCCUCGUCUGCCAAUCCCUGCAUUCGGAUAAAGAUAUGCCAGCCAUGUGCCUUGAGUAGGUAUGACUCUGUCUUUUUUCUGACAUCCCCGUGCGAUGGAUGAUCUCAAAGAUGUCAGAGAUUCAUUCGACGGUGACUGGCGUAGCGGAGAUUCAUUCAACAGUGAGGAUUGAUUCAAUGACGACUUGGUGUACCGCUCGGUGAGUUUUUAAGUGGUGCGAAUCUGAGGGGGGUAGAGGGAAGCUCCAAUUUGGAUUCAGAAGUAGGGCCCUCGAUCCACCACUCACCAAAUGUGUAAAAUGAGAACGGAGUCGAAAGAUACACGGUCAUAAAUUUUGUCGUUUGUGCUUGUGGUGAGUGGCGAAGCGAGGCCUAUUCCUCGACCCCGACACUGCCACCAAUUUGGGUUUGGAAAUUUUGUCUUUUAUUCCAGUUGUUCUCAUGACCAUCGCUGUUGUCAUUGUCAUUACUAACGACGAUGAUUACUGACGCCAUCAUUGUCAUCAUGGUCGUUUGCCGCCGCCGUUGUCAUCGCCAUCAUCCUCGGUAUCAGGUCAUUCAUGACAGCAACAAGUGCCAACAACAGCGAGUGAUCAAUAGCAGCUCUAUGGGUUCUCACGAGUGUUGUCGUCGUGGUUCGGAUCAUUUUACUGGAAGAUGCCAUUUUUCGGGUUCGAUGCUGCCACUUCGCAUUGGCAUUUUGUUU